GUAGAACGGAUGUUUUGUACAAUCUUCAUGACGCGCACAUUGGCUGCAUUGGAUGGAGUGUCUCUUGAGUCUCAAUAAGAGAAGAUGCCGCAGCCUCUUUUUACAAUAAAACUGACGUUGUCGUGAGGACAGCGAGAUAGGAAAGCUUUCUAAUUGAAGCGUUUAGGGUGACAUAAAUCGGGGGGUGAUGUGCUACUUUGACUGAAGUCCACAUCGACAGACAAAAUGAAGAGGAGGCUGCUUCGUGGGCUGCUGUCAGAAAUCUGCAUCCGCUUGGCACUCUUCGUGGUUUUUCUCGUGACAGAGCAGCUUCCACCUUUCUACCGUGAGAUCCAACCAGAAGAGAUAUGGUUGUAUAAAUUCCAACGAGUGGAGCAAGAUCAUGUCCCGACAUCGCUCAUGUUUAGCAUCGCUGUCUUCACGCCACUAAUUGUCAUCCUGGUCUUCACCAUCCUGAUGAAGCCAGACCGAGGCGACGCCAAGGAAGCAUCACUGGCCGUGACGUUGACCCUGGUGCUGAACGGUGUUUUUACCAACAUCAUCAAACUUGCCGUCGGCAGGCCAAGGCCAGACUUCUUCUAUCGCUGUUUCCCAGACGGACAGAUGAACCUGGAGCUACGCUGCAACGGUGAUCCAGAUGUGGUCAUGGAGGGAAGAAAGAGUUUUCCCAGCGGCCAUUCUUCAUUUGCUUUUGCAGGGCUGGGCUUCACAGCACUUUACAUCGGCGGAAAGCUGCGAUGCUUCAGUGCAGUUGGUCAAGGCAGGGCUUGGCGACUCUGUGCAUUCCUCACCCCUUUAAUUGUAGCGCUGACCAUUGCCCUUUCCAGAACCUGCGACUACAAACACCACUGGCAAGAUGUGCUCGUGGGCUCUCUGCUAGGCCUGGCCUUCGCCUGGCUGUGCUACAGGCAGCACUACCCCGCGCUUCACGAGGACAACUGCCACCGCCCUCUGAGUCAGGGAGAGCUUGUCCCUGCCGCACAGCAACACAAGCUAGCCAACUCCAACUACAUCCUACCCAUGUAAAACAGCUGCCCCCACAGUUUAUUUUUUGUUGUUGUUGUGGUGCUGUUGUAAAAUCAUGACUCCCAUUAUGGAAAGUGUAUCUUGGGUAAGGCUGACACGUGAGGUGUUUUCUUUACGAAAAGGGCGCUUUGAAUUGGAGAAAAUAACAGCAUUGUGAAAGCCUAUCGAAAUUAUUUGACUUCGUAACAGAAGACAUUUUUCAUGCGUUUUCCCACUCAUUGGUCAUGCUUUCACACAGCAACGUGGCAUCCCGCAAUCCACAUAAUUCGAUGUGUGACGUCAGUUAAGCCCUUUUCACACUGCACUUAACAGUCGCCGAAUCCACUCUCUGUGCGGUGUGCGGUGAGGGGGCGAGCAACACGGAAUACAGCGCUGCUGGGUGUUGUGGCAGAAGGACAUCUGCUCUGUGCGGAACGUUGGGACACAUGAGAGAUGAUCUGGGGCACAAGUUGAGGUCACUGCUCAUUGAUCAGUCUGAAAUAUACCUUGAAG